AUGGCAUCGACACUUCGCUCCUGGUUCCGGGGGCCCGCUGCUGUCCCGAGCCUCAAGACAUCGUCGAAAGGGACAAGCCCUGUGCCGAGCCCUACCGCGAGUUCUGUUGCGCUGAAUAGCGCCGGCCCCGGCGCCAGCAGCGCGCCCCCCGCAUCCGCGCAGUCGCAGCAAGAGGCUUCGGACAUGGAGGAUGCGAUGGAGGCUGCCGGCCUCAUCAUGAACGACGAUAUCGAUGGCGCUGACGAACGGCUGCGGUUGCGGGAGGAUUCUAGUACCUUCCACAAGCUAGGGAUGGGCAUCUCGACUUUUAUGAGGAGCAUUUUGGGCUUCGAAAAGGACAUCAUGGCCGAAGCAUCGAGCCGGCUGGCAGAUGCCGAAACCAGGGCGUGGAACGACAUGAAGAAAGCCCAGAAGGACGCAGUUGCGACGGACGGCAGCGCCAUCUACCCGCCUGGCACCGAAUAUGCCCUUAUCCAAGCAGAGGCGCAAUUGAUGAGCGCCGUGGUCGCCGUCAUGCAUGAAAGCCUGACAGAGGCAAUCAAGGGGUUCUACAGACUACGCAAGGCCUAUAUAACCCUAGACGGAAUCAUGGACGCCGAGACCAAGUAUUUGAACUCUAAACAACGAUGGGGUACAAAUUCUGUUCAACGGCCAAGCGCGUCCGGCGGCAGGUUGCCAAGUAGCUUCGAUGACGGAGAGAUUUCCGACAUUGUCGGAGCAGAGAUGUCAGAGAUCAAGGAAAAGGAAAACAGCGAUGAAGAUUUUGUCCAUGUCGCCAAGGAUAUUUCAGGUGCCCAGACACCGGCAGGCCAAAAUGCUGUCGGGGCUACCGAACUCCAACAGGCUGCGCCUGAAAUCUCUGCUAACACGGAUGCUGUUGCUCUGAACGAGAAACUGGGCGACUUGGCUUUGGCAAACGAUGGAGCUGCGAUUUCUAAGACCGCAUCGCAGCAGCCAAGCCUUGCUAAAGUCCAGGCCAAAGACGAGCCUUCUGCUUCUCAACCUUCUAGCCUGGACCAGCUUAACCAAGCGGGAGUCGACAAGGCGCUCUUCACCACGCCCGCUGAUAUCUUCGUACACAGCGGGGCCAAUAUGUGCUUCGGUAUUCUCUUGCUCCUCAUCUCCAUGGUACCGCCGGCUUUCUCGCGUCUUCUUUCCAUCAUUGGGUUCAAGGGUGACCGCGAAAGGGGGGUUCGAAUGCUAUGGCAAUCCACCAAGUUUCCGAAUAUCAACGGCGCCAUGGCAGGGCUGGUUCUCCUCCAGUACUACAACGGCUACUUAGGAUUUGCCGACAUUUUGCCCAGCGAAAAGGAUGUCGCGGAGCAUAGCGGAUCCGGCGAAGAUGAUGACGACUUUGACGCCGUCGGAUAUCCUAAGGAGAAGUGCGCUGCCUUGUUAACUGAGCUGCGUUUACGUUACCCAGACUCGAGGCUGUGGAAGCUGGAAGAGGCGAGGGUAGUUGCAAACGCGAAGAACUUGGAGGAGUCUGUCAAAAUGCUCCUCGCUAACACAGACAGCAAGAUGCGCCAGAUUACAGCCCUCAACAGCUUUGAGCUGGCAAUGAACUCGAUGUACAUCAUGGACUGGCCGUCUAUGUGCGACAACUUUCUGCGCUGCGUUGAGCUCAAUGACUGGAGCCAUGCGCUCUACUAUUACGUUGCUGGCAGUGCCCAGCUUGAGUUGUACCGCGACUCAUUCCACCGCGCAGCUGGCUUAGCCGAGGACGACAAGGAGCGCGGCAUAAUCGAUACAGAGGCAAAGAAGCAUAAGAAGCUGGCCGAGGAGUACUUUCGCAAAGCGCCAGCCACUUCAGGCAAGAAGCGCUUCAUGGCGCGCCAGCUGCCGUUUGAGGUGUUUGUGUGCCGCAAGCUGCAAAAGUGGGAAGAACGCGCUAAGACUCUCGGCAUAGACCUCGCGGAUGCCGUCUGUGUGAGCCCGACCAUGGAGAUGAUCUAUCUCUGGAACGGAUUCAAGCGGAUGAGGCCGGUUGGUCUCGAAAAGGCGAGGACGCUCUUGGCGCUCGAGCGAUGCACAGCGGGCGCAGGGAAUAUUGCCAAAAUGGAACAGGAGAAGGACGAACUUGCCAUCGGGACGGUGACCGAAUCAUCGAUGCUGAGGGAGCUGGGCCGGGGCGCGGAGGCGAAGGCGUUGGUUGAGCCUCUUUUGACCAUGGACAAGACCGCUUUCAAGGGUGUCACAAGAGACGACUACUGCCCUGCAGCCGCUCACUACGAAGUCGCGGCCGUCGCGUGGAUGGACGUCUGCAACCCAGAGGCUUGGCCAUCCGCUCCAGCCAACGAUGACCAAGGCGCCAACGCCAAGGCGGUCGACGAGUUCCGCAGGAAGAAGGCAGAAGAGUGCCAAUUCUACCUGGAAAAGGUCUCCAAGUGGGAUGGCUUCGUGCUGGAUGCGCGGUUCGGCAUGAGAGUUAAAGCCGGCAUCGAAAGCCUCAGGUGGCUGAACAAGAAAAAGGGUUGGGUACUAACGGCUUGA